AGGUUGAGCAGAGCAAGAGCGCAUUUCCCUUCGCACGCGCAGCCGCAUUUGAAAUGACUGCCCACCUGGCCAUAUGGGAAGAUGUUUUGCACAAUGCGCAGCUCAUUCCGGAGGUAGCUGCAAUCGCUGUGGAUGCAGCAUUGCUUGAAGGAGUUCUGAUGAGGACCAAAGAGGAAUCCAAUUCAUCUGAUGUGGUGAAUUAUGCUCCCUUUACAUUGCUUCCAUCUGUAGUACCAAGCACCAUCUUUGAACAAGCCUAUGCUGUUCAACAAGAUUUUAACCUACUUGUGGAUACUAUUAGCCAGAACGCGGAAUUCCUGGAACGCACUCUUGCUAGCACCAUCAAAGUGGAUGACUUCACAGCUCAUCUCUUUAAAAUCUACAAGCAAGUUCUGAAAGAAGGGUUGGCUCAGUCAGUAUUCUUAGGAAUAAAUCGCUCCGAUUAUAUGAUUGACCGUGGCACUCCGGCACUGAAGCAAAUCGAAAUAAACACCAUUGCUGCCAGCUUCGGAGGCCUUACUUCAAGAACCACCGCUGUGCAUCGGCACAUAUUGAAUGUUUUGGGGAAGUCCAAGGAAGCUUUGAAGUUACUGGACAAUAAUCCAUGCAAAGGGAUUGCCUUGGGCAUUGCGAAAGCUUGGGAACUCUAUGGCUCAGCCAGGGCUGUGGUGGUGGUCCUGGUUGCAGACCCCCAAAGGAAUAUUUUUGACCAACGCUGCAUAGAAAAUGAGCUGUGGACCAGGAAUAUCCGGGUGAUCCGGAGACGGUUUGAAGAUGUGUUUGAAAAGGCAUCUUUAGAUAAUGACAGGAGACUGUACAUGGAAGGCCAAGAGGUUGCGGUGGUGUAUUACAGAGAAGGUUACAUGCCAGAGAACUAUAACAAACAGAACUGGGAGGCACGGUUGUUGAUUGAAAGGUCCAAAGCAGUUAAGUGUCCUGACAUUGCUACCCAACUUGCUGGGACCAAAAAAGUUCAGCAGGAGUUGAGCCAGCCAGGAGUCGUGGAGAGAUUACUGCCCAGCCAGGCUGAGGCGGUUGCUCGGAUAAGAGCGACGUUUACUGGCCUCUAUUCCCUGGAUAUGGGCGAAGAAGGUGCUAAGAUGGUUGCAAUGGCCAUUGCUGAUCCAGAACGAUAUGUGCUAAAGCCUCAGCGGGAAGGCGGAGGGAACAAUCUCUAUGGGGAAGAGCUCAAGCAACUUCUGGAGAAGAUUAAAGACAGCCCUGAGAGGGCCUCCUAUAUCCUAAUGGAUAGGAUCAGACCUCAGACGUCGAUGAAUUACUUGCUCCGGGCUCACAGUCCCCUGAAAAUAUCAGAAUGUGUCUCUGAGUUGGGGGUCUUUGGUGUCUACGUCAGGCACGGGAAGGACAUGGUGGUGAAUAAGCACGUUGGUCACCUCUUGCGAACCAAGGCAGUUGAGCAUGCAGAUGGCGGGGUGGCAGCUGGGGUGGCUGUGCUGGAUACUCCCUAUGUGAUAUGAAGAGGAUACCUCCCACAUCUGUUGCCCUAACUGCUACCAGAAGAGCUGUGAUUUCCUUUAGGGUUUGAUUACUUCAGUGUCUUGAUAAAUGUCUUUAAUCAGGACCACAGGGACAUUCCCUCUCCAGGCCCAGUGAUCACGAGGAGGGCAUGUGCAAUCAUACUUGUACCAAAUACUUUUAUGCUACUCCCUCCCUCCCCCUUCUUAUCUUUCCUUUUUAAUUCUUCCCUCAAAGUCUUGGGUUCUCAUCUGAUCUUUUUGCCUUAUUGAUAACUUCACACAAGCUAAUCCACAGACCCACUGUAGGAUUUGCCAUCUAACAUGACACAAAACUCUGAGUUAGGGAACCCCCUUACCUUUUCCUUCAAAUCCCCACAGCGUUUGAUGAGGAAUAGAGCUGCUGCGUAACAAGUAAAGGCAGGCCAUAGGAGUUUAAAAAAGAAUGUGUGGAAAGGUGGACUGGAAUACGUAAGUCUACGGUAGGGACAGUAGCCUGAAAGAAGAAGAAUAAAAGUAAGAAGUGUAGAAUAUUGAAAACUAUUGCCAUGGCUGUGAGAUGGCUAAGACAACAUGCCACAACAUUGAUGGGACAAGUAACAGCACCAAAACGAGAAGAAGUAACUCAAGCUGUCGAGCACUGGAACACCCAGGCCCUGCUGCCAGGGCAUCAGGCAAUUCAGAUGCAUGAUAUGCUUGAGCAAAUGAAACAGGAAACUAAGAAUCUGGGAACUGCAAUAGAAAAUCUGCAAAAAAGUGCCAUCUCCCAG